AACCAUAACUUAUACUCUUGAGUAUAGAUAUUUGAAAUACCCAACUAUCUAUAUUCAAUGCCUAUACUUAUAUAAUGCAUAGGUAUAUGUACUUUAUGACAUAAUGUGAAUAAUAGCAGCUGUUAAUUUCUUUAUCAAAACUCGAGGAACAAGAUGUAAAUGUUAUUUAUUAAGUAGCCUAUAAUACAAACAAUCGCAAUCUAUUUUUAAAUUAAAACAUAUAAGUUCAUUAUUUUAUGAACACCAUUAGCUAACUAUCAAUAUUUUAUAGUAAUUCAAAUUAAUUUAUAAUCCAUUUAAAAUUUAUUUUUAUAAUCCUAAAAAAAAAGUCUUAAAAUAUUAAAGUAAAAAUGUCUCUUACAAAAGGUAUUUUUAUUGUUGCUGCUAAAAGGACUCCAUUUGGAACUUAUGGUGGUAAAUUUGUCAAAACGUCAUCUACUCAAUUACAAGUAACAGCAGCCAAAGCUGCACUAGCUGCUGGAAAUAUAGAUCCAAACAUUGUUGAUUCUGUAAUUAUUGGCAAUGUUUUAAUGAAUACAUCUUCUGAUGGAGCUUUUUUACCUCGACAUGUACUUCUUCAUUGUGGAAUACCUCAAGAUCGCCAUGCUUUAGGUAUUAACCGAUUAUGUGGUUCUGGAUUUCAGUCCAUUGUAAAUGGUGCACAGAGCAUACUAACUGGUGAAUCAAAUGUUGUUUUAACUGGUGGUGUUGACAAUAUGAGUCAAGCCCCUCAUGUUGUUCGUGAUGCAAGGUUUGGUAUACCGCUAGGAGCUGCUUAUCAAUUUGAAGAUUCAUUAUGGACGGGACUUACUGAUACAUUUUGUAAACUUCCAAUGGCUUUGACAGCUGAAAAAUUAGCAGAAGUUUACAAAGUAACACGACAAGAAGUUGACGAAUUUGCUUUGCGUUCUCAAACACUUUGGAAAGAAGCUCAAGCCAAAAAUGUAUUCAGUUCAGAAUUAGCUCCAGUUACAAUAAAAGUGAAAAAAACAGAUGUUACUGUAGAUAUUGAUGAACAUCCAAAACCCAAAACAACUCUUGAAACAUUAGCCAAAUUACCUACAGUCUUUAAAAAAGAUGGAGUAGUAACUGCUGGUUCUGCUUCGGGUAUCUGUGAUGGAGCUGGAGCUCUUGUUUUGGCUAGCGAAGAAGCUUUAAAAAAAUAUUCUUUAACACCACUGGCAAGACUAGUUGGUUAUUCUGUGGUAGGAGUUGAUCCAAGUAUAAUGGGUAUUGGCCCAGCUCCAGCAAUUACAAAGCUUUUAAGUUUAUCAGGAAAAAGUCUUGAUGAUAUUGAUUUAGUGGAGAUAAAUGAAGCAUUUGGGGCACAAACUCUUGCUUGCCAAAAAGAGUUAAAGCUCAAUAUUGAAAAACUUAAUGUAAAUGGUGGAGCUAUAGCUAUUGGCCACCCUCUAGCUGCUUCUGGUGCAAGAAUAACAACUCAUCUUGUUCAUGAACUUAGACGUAAAAAUUUGAACUAUGCAAUAGGUUCAGCUUGUAUUGGUGGCGGACAAGGUAUUGCUGUUUUGAUUGAAAAAGUUUAAUUUAAUUACUAAUGAAUAAUUGGAGGCUGGAUAUUCAAAUUAUCAAAUUUAUUAUGAAAAAUGUAUAUUGUAUAUUUUUUAAUAUUUUAUUGGGUUAUUCCAUUAUUAUAACAUAUAUAUUAAAUUAUAAAAUAGUCCUUUGUUUUCACCAGUAUCUAUCCAA